GUUACUCUUUCUCUCUCUCCCAUUCCUUGUUUCUUUAUAUGUCGGUUGUGAGGUGAAGCUCUUGAACCAUGCUCACAGGCUAUACCUUGAAUUUUUCUGGUAUGUUUUCUCUAUAGGAGCUUUGAAGUUCACUCUCUCUGCUACAGGAAAUGUCAAUGGAGACGAUUUCUCUGCAUCCUAGCAGUAUACGUUGGCCAUAUAAAACCAUUUGGUUUUCAGUUUUCACAUUAUUCUUACUUGAAAAUAUUAAGCAGAUUUCAUCAGCUUCCGACUACUUGAUUGGUCUUGGAAGCUAUGAUAUAACAGGGCCAGCUGCAGAUGUUAACAUGAUGGGGUAUGCUAGUCUCGAACAGAUUGCUUCUGGAGUUCACUUCAGGUUACGAGCUCGUGCUUUUAUUGUUGCAGAACCGAAGGGAAAUCGUGUAGUAUUUGUGAAUCUUGAUGCCUGCAUGGCCUCUCAAAUUGUUACUAUUAAACUACUUGAAAGAUUGAAAGCAAGGUAUGGAAACCUUUAUACAGAGCAGAAUGUAGCCAUUAGUGGCAUUCACACUCAUGCUGGGCCUGGAGGCUAUCUCCAAUAUGUUGUUUACAUUGUAACAUCUCUUGGAUUUGUGCGCCAGUCAUUUGAGGUUAUUGUUGAUGGCAUUGAGAAAAGUAUUAUUCAAGCUCAUGAGAAUCUUAGACCUGGAUCAAUUUUUGUGAAUAAGGGAGAGAUCUUAGAUGCUGGUGUGAAUCGGAGUCCUAGUGCUUAUCUCAACAAUCCAGCAGCUGAGCGCAGUAAGUACAAGUAUGAUGUGGAUAAAGAAAUGACUCUCAUAAAGUUUGUGGAUGAUGGCUGGGGACCAAUAGGUAGCUUUAACUGGUUUGCAACUCAUGGAACUUCUAUGAGUCGAACAAACUCACUAAUAAGUGGUGACAACAAAGGUGCUGCUGCUCGCUUUAUGGAGGAUUGGUUUGAACAUAAAGGUUUUGAUAGUUUGUAUUUCAAUGAGUCAGGAACUGACAGAAUCCCUCGCAGGGUCUCAAGCAUAGUUAUGAAUCCCAAUGGACAUCGGAAUGAGUUAACAAAACUUGCUGCCUCCUUUCAGUCUUCUAAAGGACAACCUGUGACAAAGCUUUUGACUGUUGCAAAAAGGGUCAGGAAUUCUCUAAGGAAUACCGAAAAGCCUCAAUUUGUAUCUGCAUUCUGUCAAUCAAAUUGCGGCGAUGUAAGUCCCAAUGUCCUGGGUGCAUUUUGCACAGAUACUGGCCUUCCAUGUGAUUUUAAUCACAGUACCUGCAAUGGUAAAAAUGAAUUGUGCUAUGGCCGCGGACCAGGUUAUCCUGACGAGUUUGAGAGUACCCGUAUAAUUGGAGAGAGGCAGGUUAGAAAAGCAGUGGAGCUCUUUCAAAAAGCAACCGAGAAGCUGAAAGGGAAGAUCAGGCACAAGCAUGCAUACAUAGACUUUUCCAACUUAAAGGUCUCACUUUCACAAGUGGAAGGGGACAAUAAGGUGGUCAACACAUGCCCUGCUGCCUUGGGGUUUGCAUUUGCAGCAGGAACGACUGAUGGACCUGGAGCUUUUGAUUUCAAGCAGGGGGAUGACAAGGGGAAUGCCUUCUGGAGAUUGGUGAGGAACGUGCUGACAACACCAACUCAGGAGCAGAUCAACUGUCAGCAUCCGAAGCCUAUCCUUCUUGAUACUGGGGAAAUGAAGGAACCAUAUGACUGGGCUCCCUCGGUACUUCCAGUUCAGAUUUUCCAGAUUGGGCAACUUGUCAUUCUCAGUGUUCCUGGAGAAUUCACAACCAUGGCAGGCAGGCGCCUUCGUGAUGCUGUUAAGACUGUGCUUACUUCAGGAGUAAGCAAAGAAAGAAAUGUCCAUAUAGUCAUUGCAGGGCUGACAAAUACAUAUUCACAGUAUGUAACCACUUUUGAGGAAUACCAGGUUCAGCGAUACGAGGGGGCCUCAACUCUUUAUGGACCUCACACACUUGAAGCUUACAUUCAAGAGUUCAAGAAGCUAGCAGCUGCUGUCAUCACCGACGAAGUUGUUGAACCAGGACCACCUCCUCCAGAUCUCUUAGAGAAACAAAUCAGCUUACUACCUCCUGUUGUGGUUGAUGCAACCUCUCCAGGUGUAAAUUUUGGUGAUGUUAAAACUGAUCUCCCUCCAAAUUCCACAUUCAAAAGGGGUCAGAUGGUUUCAGUCACCUUCUGGUCUGCCUGUCCCAGGAAUGACCUUAUGACUGAAGGAACGUUUGCACUGGUUGAGAUCCUCCAGAACCAGAAAACAUGGAUUCCAGCCUACGACGACGAUGAUUUCUGCCUACGUUUCAGGUGGUCGAGGCCUGAGAGACUUAGUCCUCAGAGCUUUGCAACCAUUGAAUGGAGAAUCCCACAAUCAGCUGUUGCCGGUGUAUACAGGAUCACACAUUUUGGUGCUUCAAAGGCACUUUUAGGAUCUAUCAGUCAUUUUACAGGUUCUUCUAGUGCAUUUGUAGUGGCAUAAAGGAGGAUUCAAUACAUAUUAGACAUGGAAGUCGAUGUUAGUCAUACAUUGAGUGUGUUUGUUUACACAUUACACGGCCAAAAAAAGCUAAAAUAGCAGCUUACUUAGAAAUAAACAACUGAAAAUAUCGACCAAAGUUUGGUUAUUUUACUUUA